GUCUAAAUAAUCAGAUUUUCGCCAGUUGAUGCUAUGGUUAAUUUCACAGAUUUACGACAAUAGUUUGCCUGCCCUACAUUAGGCCUACAGUAGUCCAUUCAGACUCAUUUAUGAAACCGAUCGACAUUGAUUACAUGGAUAUUUGUGUUAUAAAAUGUCACGUCAAUCUGAAGGAGUUUGCGGAAUUAAAUGAUGAUUCCGAUUGAGAUGUCAUCUGUCAUGGACUGAGCCCUGGUGCAGCUGGAUGCCUGGGCAGAGGAUCCCUGUUGCUAGGGAGACUUCACCACAGAGACAUGGCCCUGAGAGAGCAAAUAGAGGAAGGGCCAGAAGAAACCCUCACCUAGGGUAAACUACAGAGACAGGAGAUAGAAGAAGGGGUGGAGAGAGGAGAGAGGUCCAAAGAGGAAGAAAGGACUGAGGGAAGAGAGGGAAGAGAAGGAGAGUCUGUCAGUCUCAGGUAAGGGUCAGUGUAUUCUGUCAAAUAGAAUGCCAGUAGAAUGGAGAGUCAUAGGGGCUCAAACGGAGAAAACCACGAACAUUGAGGAGGAAGUUAACACUGCUGUAUGCUGCUGUAUGGGUGUCUGGCUGUUUUUGCUCUGCAUGGAUCUGUGUGUCUGUGUGUGCUGUAGGAUGGGUUAUGACCUGGAGAGGUUUGUGGGGUACGUGAACGAGGGGCUUCUGUGCUGUGUGUGUCGGGAUGUGUUGGAGCGCCCCCUCCAGGCCCCUUGUGAACAUGCAUACUGUGACGCCUGCAUCAGCUCCUGGCUCAUACACCACCAUUCCUGUCCCGAGGACAGACUUCCACUGGACAUCAGCACUCUGAGACCACUGCACAGGUACAUGCGUAAUGACCUGUCUAGGCUCCAGAUCCGUUGUGUUAACUCUGGCCAGGGUUGUGAUGCCAUCUGCUGCCUGGAGACACUUCACACACACCAGGACGAGUGUCCAUUCACCUUCAUAUCCUGCUCCUCCACAGGUUGUCCGGUGCAGGUGGAGAGGAGGGGUCUAGAGUCUCACCUGUUGGAGUGUGAGUUCCGCAGCAGGGCGUGUCCUAGCGGCUGUGGCCACACCCUCCUCUCUGUAGACCAAUCACAGCACAACUGUGUUGCAGAGCUACGAACAGAAUUGGAGCUGCUCAGGGCAGAGAUGUUGGGUAAGGUGGAGGAGGGCCAGGUGUCGAGGGUGGUGUGUGAUGUGCGGGCUCUCUUGGGGGCAGAGCGCCUGCGGAGACAGGAGCUGGCAGAAGUGGAGCUAGAGAAGAGGGAGCUACUGGAGACGCUCCGGAGCCUGCAGCCAUGCAGGGGCCAGCGGAACAGAGACGAGCCAAUCAGAGGACUGUAUCAAGAAGACGGGCCAAUUAGUAGCCAGCAUCAAGUGGAACACCCAACCAGGGGCCUGCUGAGGGCGGGGCCAACACAGGCUUCUACCCAAUCACUACCCUCGGCUUUGCCCACUCCAGCCUUAUACCCGCCUACCUCCCCACAGCCAGGAGAGGUGUCACAAAAGGCCUGUCCCCGCAGCCUUACCCUCGACUGCAUCAAGAGCAGAGAGGUCACCGUCAUCUGAGGGGCCAUUCCUAAUGUUACUGUGUUAUGUUCAGCACUGGGUUAUGUUCAGUAGGCGCAAAUGAGAGAAAAUGCUUUAAUUAAUUUCCUCAAUUCCUUCAUUUAACCGUCUCAAAACAUUUUUAUCUGGUGUGGCAUCUCCUGAACGCACCCUUGAUGAUUGGCAGUGAGCUGUGACAUUGCUUCAACUCAGAGAAAACCAGCCUGCUGAGAUCCUAAAUAAAGUCUGCUGAAACACCUCUGAUCUCUGGUCCUCUUAAGGUACAAUAGUCUUACUCCAUCUACUCUAAUGGAUUGGAAUUAUAUACAGCUCAUCAUGCAUUUCUUACAUUGCAUAUACCCCAUGCAUCGAUC